GACUUUACUUGCUUCGACGAUGAUUCGAGGGGACGGCGGCGAUGCUGGAAAUGGCUAUUAUUCCAACGGAACGAGAGGACGGGGAGGGCUCGGGACAUUUCAUUUCCCAGCGGUCGUGUAGGGUACUGCCUGCCAAUUGUGCACGAUGAUGCUCUGGGUUGGAACUGGCGGCUUCGUUGCAUUGCAUUGCAUUGCAUGUAAUGAUAAUUCUGGGCUUUGAAUUCCUGGUGCGCCGUUUUCUUACUCUGGGAUUGGCUGCUGUCACGGAGGUUUCAGAGAUUCAAAUUUUCUGUGUUGCUUCGUCGACGCGAUCGCUCUUGGUGAUCCACCCAGCUUGAAAUCGACUAAUGCGUUUGAUACGCACAAUUGACGAGUAGAUGUAAUUGGAUGGUUCAUGAGGAACAGACUUUGUGUCAGAGUGGGAGAUUUAUUUUUAUUUUUAUUUUUUUUGUUUUUUUCGUUUCCCUCUUCUGCAAGGACUUUCAGCUGCGACUCGAGCACUUGCUGGCGAUCUAAGCCAUGGAGCGUGUCCUCAAGGAAUUUUUUGGCUACACCUCGUUUCGUCCAUUUCAGAAAGAGGUUGUCUCACAAAUUCUGAAAGGAAAGGACUGCUUGGUGAUUAUGGCCACUGGCAGCGGGAAGUCUAUCUGUUAUCAGCUACCACCUCUAAUUACCAAGAAGACCGCAGUCGUCGUAAGCCCGCUUAUCAGUCUCAUGCAAGAUCAGGUGAUGGGUUUGCAACAACGAGGUAUACGCGCUGAAUAUAUGGGCAGUGCUCAGACUGAUAGAACUGUGAACAGUAGGGCGGAAAAUGGGGAUUAUGAUUUGCUUUAUAUGACCCCUGAGAAGGCGUGUUCCGUGUCCCAGAGUUUCUGGACAGCACUUCUCAGCAAAGGGGUGUCGCUAUUGGCUGUGGAUGAAGCCCAUUGUGUUUCUGAAUGGGGCCACGACUUCAGACACGAAUAUCAGAACCUUGAUGCGCUAAGGCCCAUGCUACCCAAGGUACCUUUUGUUGCUCUCACGGCAACUGCCACUCAUAAGGUUCGAGAGGAUAUAGUGCAAUCUAUGAAUCUGCAAGAUGCUUACACAGCAAUAUCGUCAUUUGACCGGCCCAAUUUAUUCUAUGGAGUCAGUGGCCUUAAUCGCACCGCUACAUUUAAGCAAGAGCUUGCAAGAGAGAUCUUGAAAGACGUGGGAAAGAGUGGGUCGACAAUCAUUUAUUGUACAACUAUCAAAGAUGUUGAAGAGGUUGUUGACGCUCUUCAAAAAGAAGGAGCAAAUGCUAGACCAUAUCAUGCUAAGAUGAGCAGUACGCUGCGUACUGAAGUUCACAGGGCGUUUUCAACUGAUGAGUUGCAGAUCGUAGUUGCUACUGUAGCCUUUGGAAUGGGCAUUGAUAAGCCAGACAUCCGGCGGGUGAUACACUACGGCUGUCCAAAGAGUUUGGAGGCGUACUAUCAAGAGAGUGGUCGUUGUGGCAGAGAUGGUUUUCCAUCUCAAUGUUGGAUGUAUUAUACAAGGAGUGACUUCGCGAAGCGUGAUUUCUUCACUGCUGGGUUUACUACUGCAGUCAGAAAGCAAGCUGUGUUGGACUCAUAUGCAGCAGCCAAGGAUUAUUGUGCGACCGUGAAAUGCCGUCGUUCCAUUCUGUUGAAAUACUUCGGCGAGAAUCCUACUGCUGAAAACUGUGGAAACUGUGACAACUGUGUAAGGCCAGGAGGGAUUCAAUAUCAAAAUCUUGCUGAGGAGGCUCAUCUCCUUCUAUCUGCUGUUAAAGUUUGUGGAGGGAACUUUGGACUUGGAGUACCCAUAGAUGUGCUUCGAGGGUCUAGGGGUAAAAAAGUGGUAGACAACGGCUUCGACAAAUCACCAGUACAUGGAUUAGGGCGAGGUAGGAACCAGAAUUGGUGGAAGUCCUUGGCGGAUCAACUUCUUGGCUUAGGUUAUUUGAAGGAGACGGCUGGCAAUAACUUCAGACUUGUAAGUGUUGCAGACAAAGGUGAUCAAUUCUUGUGGUCAGCUUCCAACAUGGGACUGAUCUCUUCUCUGAUGUUACCAAUAAAUCAGGAGAUGGCACUAGAGGAUGCCAAGCGAGGUGAAGCAUUACCUCUGCCAAAAUCAAACAUGGACAUGCACCUUCAAAGUGAAGGAUUUUCAGUGGUAGAGCAAAAAUUUUAUCAUCUUUUGAUGGAAAUGAGAGCUGAUAUAGCAAGGAGGAACUCCACAUCACCCUAUGCAAUCCUGAAUGAGAGUACUCUUCAAAAAAUUGCUAAAAUGCGACCAUCUACCGAAGCUCGACUUCGAAAUAUUGAUGGAGUGAAUCAGUGGUUAGUGAACUGGCAUGGUAAGGAGAUUCUUGAUGCAAUCAAAACUCAUUCAAUGGAGUUCAAUCUCUCUCUUGACGAUUUUGAGAACUCCAGCCAACCCUCGACUGUGCCAAAGCCGAAAGUGGAUGGGAAGAUGAAUUCAUCCAACGGAGAUGCUACCAAAUUAUCACCAGGCAAAGAAGAGGCUUGGAGAAUGUGGCAGGAGCAAGGUCUUUCAUUCCUUGAAAUUGCUAAUCUACCAGAACGACCAAAACCGAUUUUGGAGAAUACAGUUAUCUCUUAUCUAUGUGACUGCAUUAAGGCAGGCUAUGAAGUUGAUUGGGGCCGUUUUUGCGAUGAAGUUGGCUUUACAAGGGAGACGGCGUUGGCAGUUCGUGCCGCAGUGGAAAGAGCUGGAUCAACAGAACUACUAAAGCCAAUAAAAGAGCAAGCGCCUGAACAUAUCACUUAUCGUGAUAUCAAGGUGUAUUUGUUGCAAGAAGAGUGUAAAUUGCCUUUUCCUAAAACUCCAGAGCUAGAAUCAGAAACAGAGGAGCUAGGCUUCGAAAUUGUUGACGCUGCAACAGUUGACGCACCUCAAGAGCUGUCAGAUUCCCAAGAAGGUUCUGAUGGAGGGGAAGAUGAAUGUAGCCUGGGUUUGUUUGCAAGACCGUCAUGGUUAACAGACGAGUCUGAAAAUUUGAAAAAGCCGUCGCGAAGAAAGGCAGGUCGAGAAAGUUCACCCACCGGACAGGGUCCACUCAAGAAAGUGAAGCCGAGCGAUCAUAAUCCGAAUGAGUCAAGCGAAAACGGCAAGGGAAUCUCACAGAAGUUUAGGCAAGUGAUCAAUAAUGAAGUACUGGAAUUUAUUGCAGCCUCGAAUUCGGCAUCUUUAGCGAUGAUUUUUGCAGCAUUCUCACAUAUCGAUGAAGCUGAGAUUCUGAAGAUCAUGGAGAGUUUGCAACAACAGUUUCUAAUUUAUAGCAUCAACAACGAGUACAAAGCGAUGUGAGCAUCAUUUGGGUGUAGACUUGAGAAAACAAUGUUUGCACAUACUCAAGAAGUACUCGUGUGAUAUAUUGCGUUCACAUUCCAAUUACUGUGAAGCAACCUGUCUGGUGCAAACUCACCCACACGGGUGGUCAGGAUGGGCCGACGAAUCAUUCUGGCCGAAAAUUACUUUUUCUGUUGGAUAUUUUCUUAUGCUACCUUCUGAAUCGCGGGCGGAUAUAUGUUGAUGGGAAGGUGUCGAGCAAACAAACAUGGCGAGUUCUUAUAACUGCAGCGAAGGGUUCAUGUUUGAAUUCCUUGCCUUCUUGUAAGAGAAGCUUUCUUACUAGCAACGUUUAGGCUUUUGGUCUCGGUUGUCUCCCAGAUCUUACUCUGGUUCCCCCCUAUAUAUAGGGAGGACUGUCUUGACUCCUUUUCAGGAAUUUUGGAAAUGCAGUGAAAUGAGCGCUAUGGAUUUCACUUGGAUUAGCGUUAUACUGUGCAUACAAAUAGGUGCCAUUGCUACUUUAGAAUAGACUUUGUUUAGCCUGCUGUCUUAAACAAAGUAUGAGGUUACGGAUUAUCAUGAAGCAGUCACAUCUUGAAUUUAUGUGAGUGGCAUUUUUCUUAGAGUA